AGAGCGCGCCACAGGGAAGCACCACCCGGAAGCGGAAACCAGCCCGCAGCCGACGCAGGCGGGAGAAGGAUGAUUUCCGUUUGUCAGAAAUCGUUCCUCCCCCUUCCUUCGCUUUCCUUCUUUGGGAUUGGUUCCUGGCACUGAGGCCCCGCCUUCCCCGCUACGCCCCUUACGGCUGCUUUUUCCCGCCUCCGCCUGGGCCGAGGUGGAGUGCGGGUGACAGUUGAGGAUGGCCGGAGCCGAGGGGCCCGCCGGGCGGCUGUCGGAGCUGGAGCCCGUGGUGUCGUUGGUCGACGUACUGGAGGAGGACGAAGAGCUGGAGAAUGAGGCGUGCGCCGUCCUAGGCGGCAGCGACGCCGAGAAGUGCUCCUACUCGCAGGGCUCAGUAAAAAGACAAGCACUAUAUGCCUGUAGUACCUGCACCCCAGAGGGAGAAGAACCAGCAGGAAUUUGUCUUGCUUGCAGUUAUGAAUGCCAUGGAAGUCAUAAACUAUUUGAACUAUACACGAAAAGAAAUUUUCGUUGUGAUUGUGGAAACAGCAAGUUUAAAAAUUUGGAAUGCAAAUUAUUUCCUGACAAAGCAAAAGUAAAUUCUGGUAAUAAGUACAAUGACAACUUUUUUGGAUUGUACUGCAUUUGCAAGAGACCUUAUCCUGAUCCUGAUGAUGAGGUUCCAGAUGAGAUGAUUCAGUGUGUAGUCUGUGAAGACUGGUUCCAUGGAAGGCAUCUUGGGGUCAUUCCCCCUGAGAGUGGUGAUUUCCAAGAGAUGGUGUGCCAGGCUUGUAUGAAACAUUGUUCUUUCUUGUGGGCUUAUGCUGCACAAUUGGCAGUAACAAAAAUAUCUGCUGAGGAUGAUGGGUUGGUGCUGAAUGUUGAUGGAAUAGGUGAUCAGGAAGUUAUGAAGCCUGAAAAUGGAGAUCAUCAAGAUAACACCCUCAAAGAGGAUGCUCCACAACAUGGAGAGAAUACUGUCAAGGAGAUUAAAGCAGAGCAGAAUAACGAGCCAUGUACCAGCUCUAGUUCUGAAUCUGAUCCACAGACAGUGUUUAAGAAUCAGUGCCUCAACACAGAAUUACAGUCUGGCUGCAGACUUCAGGAGCUCAAAGCUAAGCAGUUUGUAAAGAAAGACACUGCCACUUAUUGGCCCCUGAACUGGCGCAGCCAGCUAUGCACCUGCCAAGACUGUCUGAACAUGUAUGGAGAUCUAGAUGUCCUCUUCCUGACAGAUGAAUAUGACACAGUUUUGGCUUAUGAAAACAAGGGCAAGGUUGACCAGGCGACUGAGAGGAGGGACCCUUUAAUGGAUACCCUUAGCAGCAUGAACAGAGUCCAGCAAGUGGAACUCAUUUGUGAAUACAAUGACUUGAAGACUGAACUUAAAGACUAUCUGAAGAGAUUUGCUGAUGAAGGCACGGUUGUUAAAAGAGAGGACAUUCAGCAGUUCUUUGAAGAAUUUCAGUCGAAAAAGAGAAGAAGAGUGGAUGUGAUGCAGUAUUACUGCAGCUAGAGUGGAGCAUUACACUUCCUCAUUCAGGCCGGUGAAAAUGCCACUAACUUCAGAGUAAAAGAGGCCUGUGUCACACUUGGUCUCCUUUGAUCUUCCUCUGUGGAGAGUCUCCUCCUCUGGCCUCAAGCUCCCUUCUCCUUAACUACAGUAACCACAAUGUUAUGCUGACCUCACAACCAGCAUCUUUCUUUAUGACUCAACUAAAUGCAACUUAUUCCACAGACUUCAGUUCUCCUAGCCCAGGAUUCCCAGGGCUUUUUGCUUAUAUGUUAAGAAGUUUGAUUUGGUUUUGAGAAAGCAAAAAAAAAAAAAAAAACAAAAAUUUUUUUUUUUUUUUUAAUGAUUUGUUUUUAAACUCCCGAAUGUGUGUACCUUGCCACAGAGCAUUUGCCUUCCAGGACCUCUGUAGGCAUCUCAGAAGGGUCUCUUCCUAUCAGCCUGAACCUCUAGAGGUCCCCUCACUCCCAUGAUCGUGGUGCCUUGGGUCAAAGUUUCCUCAGGCCUGAUCUGCCACUUUUCCCCUUCCCUGCCUUCUAAGGUUUGGUCAUGGUUUAGAAGGGGAUCUUGGAACUUGUCUUCUCUGGGCUAAUCUCCAAAGUAGCCAGGACUGAUGUUCUGGCCUGAAUGAGGCAGGGAUAUUGACUGAUGAUAGAGUUGAGGAAGCAAACCUUUGUCCCAAAUUUUACUGAUAAAUUUAAAGUGAAAUUUUCAUUCUCAAUUUUACUGGCAUUCGAACAUUAGCAUUUCAGUACUGUAGUGCUCACAGGGCUUCCAAGAGAGAAAUCUGCCAGUACACCUAGUCCCUUUUCUGCUGCCUAGAAAAUGACCGGGUAUCACUCCUGUGAAAUCUUGGUGGUUUACAAAGUCCUCUGGAUUUCCUUAUGUUAUCAGGGAUAUUCAUAAGCAUAUAUUUAAAAUGGACCUAUUUUGAUAUUGUUCUUUUUUGAAAAUGGCAUUAGAACCCCAGUAAGUUAUUUUCCCCUUGAUUCUGUGCUGAACACAAAAGAUACUGACUUGGUUUUCUUGCAGUGAUUAGGGCAGUGGCUGCCCAGGUUUAGAGGAGGCAGACUGUGGAAGAGAUUCCAAGCAAGGGCCUUGGCUGCAUAAAUGAUGGGUUUGUGUACAUAAGUGUGGUGUCCGCAGAGCGAAUAACCAUGAGGUCUUCCUUUGAAGGUCCUCAUGGAAUGUUGAUAAAACCCUGCAUUUGAGGGGAAGUCCUUUCAGUUGGUAGGAAAUCCCUAAAGCCCUCAGUCUGUGGAAAAGAUCUAUUGAUACAUAGAGAGCCCUCAGUUGCUCCCUCUGGAGGAACAAGGCCUUUCCUGACAACAGAUGACAUACUUUGAGAUAUAGUGAAAGUAUUUUAGGCCGUGUACGUGAAUGUCCUUUUGUACCUGGCAGUCUGCAUGACUGUCUACCAAUCCUUGGACAAGAUGGACUAGGUCUGUAAAUAAUCAGGGCCUCAGAAUUACACAACUCAUAUUUUUUUGGCACUCAGCCUCUUAAUUAUAGAUCCUUGUAAAGGCUGAUGUGUGGAGCCAGAAGGUUGCCUGUGCACCCGGAGCUGCACUUGUGAAGGCAGUUAAGCACAUGGGGUCUGCCGCCUGGAAACUCUUUAAGGAUGAACAAGUUUUGAACCCUUCUGCAAGGCUGCACUAUUAGUGUACAUGGCAUCCUGAAAAUGUGUUUUUUUCCAAAUGUUUGCUCUUAGCAAAUUCUUUCUUGCCGGGACAGGUCAGGACCAAGUCUGGGAGGUGAUGCAAUACAGUGCAGCAGAGUAGUACAAAUCACCCCAGUGCUGAAGGGCUUGUUUUAUGAAAGAUACUGCUCCUCCUUUCACAUUAACCGGAAAACCUCUUUUUUUUACCUGUUCACAACUAGUUUUCUUAUUGAUUGAAUUGGACCAUCUCUUCUUACAAAGACUGAUUUUGGCCAAAAAGUGGCAGUUGAUACUAAUGCGUGUUUUAUGCAAAACAAAGAUGUGAUACUCGUUGCAUUUAAGGAAUUCUGGCAUUGGAUGUACAUUUUUGUAGAAAUUGUUACUGGACUUAAAAUUAUAUACUUAACUCUAAUCAGGUUUCUGUAAAAUCUAAAUAAAACCAAUUCAAAAUAG